AUGAAUAAACCCAUUGAUCAGCAAUCUGAUUGUUGGAGUACAGAAGCAUUUGCUAGUGACAGUGAAACAUAUAGUGAAGAUGGUUCAAAUAUGUUACGACUCGUUACUACUCAAAAUAUUACUUCAGCAUCAAGUUUCAACGAACUUACAGUGCCUUCUUUUUCAACAGACAACAAUUCCGUAGCAUCAUCAUCAUCAAGAUUAGCUGAUCCAGUUGAUAUACUUUUAAUGAAAUCCUCACUUGAAAGUCUUCCAUCUAUAUCUGAUAGUGGUAUUCUACUUGAUAGUGGAAAAUUUUCUCAACAAACAAUAACCCCAUUAAAAUCUCCAACAGAUCCACGAUCUGUUCAUUUUCCAUUAAUUGACCUAUCAAAUACUUCACCAAAUAACAAUGCAUCUAAUGAAAAUUCAUCACAAAACCUUCCACCAUCCAAUGCAGGAAUAUCAACUUCAAUUAUAAAACCAGUAAUCGUUUAA